UUAUUAUUGUUGCAAUUGAAAAGCAUAAACCCUAAUCCCAGUACCCCCGAUUAGCUGAUUCUCUCGAGUUUCUAUUAGGUUGAUUUUGUAAUUGAGAUCUGAAUUCAAGAAAUUACCUUCCUAGGAAUGGGAAAGAGAGGGAACAGCUCCAAGAAAGACAAGAGAAACCCUAAGAGAAGACUACGAGGCAACGACCCCGAGAACGUCGAUGACGAAAUUGAUGUUUUUCAUAAGCAAAGGGAUGUUGUUCCGUUGGAUAUGAAUGGGGAUAUUGAAGAUACAGAUGAAGACGAUGAACAGCCCAUUUUUGAUCUUCAGGAUAUUGAUGAUGAUAACGAUGCGGGAGAUGACGAUGAUGAUGAUCUCGAUGACACCCAAGUUUCGAAGUUUGCAGCAAAAAUUGCUAGGCAACAUAAACUGUUGAGAGCAAAGUUUGGAGGAGUUGACGAAGAAAUGCACGAUGAAGAAGAUGAGGAUGAGAAAGAAGAAGGGGCUCCAUGGGGUGAUAUAAAGAGCAGAUACUAUGGUGGUGAUAAUCGUGAUUUUGAGUUGCACUCAAGUAAUGAUGAGGCUCCCAGGGAAGAGGAGGAAGAGGUGAAAGAAAUACAAAAGGAAAGAGCAAAAAAAUUAUCAAUUGAAGACUUUGGCCUUGACGAUGCCAGCGAAGAUGAAACUAAUCGAGAGUUAACCUUAGAGGAAAUGUCAUUGAAGGGAAAAGAUGGAAAAUUAUCCAUGGAACGUGAAGAAACUAUGGAUGACCUCACUACAUUUGAGAAUGUCAAGAAAGAUUCGAGUGCUUUAUCAAAGGAAGAGCAGAUGGAUGUGGUACACAGUUCUGCACCUGAAUUAAUUGGCUUAUUGUCAGAGCUGAAUGCUUCACUUGAAGAGCUUGAAAGCAAAGUUAAUCCACUUUUAAGGAAGGCUAAAGAAGGGGAUAUCCUUUUGGAAGGUGGGAUGCGCUAUUUGGAGGUGAAACAGAUUCUUUUGCUGGCAUAUUGUCAGCAAAUAACCUUUUAUCUUCUUCUCAAGUCUGAAGGGCAGCCUGUUCGUGAUCAUCCUGUCUUAGGCUGUAUUGUGGAGAUCCAAGGCUUACUUGAUAAGGUGAAACAACUUGAUGGGAACCUUCCCUUUGAGUGGGAGGAGAUUCUGAAGAAUAAAGGGGCUGAAAUGGGACAAAACUUGGUUAAAGAGAGUGCUGAACUGGUAUCUGACUCUGGUGCAAAGGAUAAUGGUCCAUCAUCAGUAACGGAUGUACAAAUGCCCGAGAUUGCAAGUAACCCUGAUAAUAAGGUGAUGAAACUUAAUCGUGAGAACAACCAAGUUGGAUUACAAAGCAGGGAAAUGCUAAAAGUAAGAGCAGCUCUGGAGGAAAAAUUGAAACAGAAGGGAAUCCUUGGUUCCAACACCCGAAAGCCUGAUAAAACCAAGAAGCAUAGGAAACCAGUGAAUGGACAGCUUGAAUCAUAUGAAGAUUUUGCUGAUGAUGCUGUGGAUGUUGAAGGAAGUGAUGGAUUAAGUAACAGGCAUGCAAGCUCAAAGCAUUCUAAUAUUUCCAAGCUUAUUACGGCUAAACAGAUCAAAUCGAAGGUUAUAUCCGGGGAUGAUGAUUUACCAAAGAGAGAUGAUAUUGGAGAAAGGCGGAGGAAGCACGAGCUCAGAGUAUUGGCAGGAGCAACAGUUAAAUCUGAGGAUGACCAUGGAGGUGAAUAUGACAUGUUGGAACUUGAUGGAGGUAAUGAAGCUAUAUCUGAGGAGGAGAAUGGUGAUACGGGACACUCGGAGGAUUCAGAAGACGAAUUUUACAAACAAGUGAAGCAACAAAGGGCAGCAAAACUUGCUGCAAAGGCCGAGAUAUAUACAAAGACCUCAGCACCGCCCUCGUUGCCUGAAAUUGUUGAUGGAAAACGACAGAUUACUCAUCAGAUAGAGAAGAAUAGAGGUUUGACUCGACAACGGAAUAAGAACACCAAAAACCCAAGGAAGAAGUACAGGUUGCAAAGCAAGAAACGGGAGAAACAAAGGAAAGGGCAGGUGCGGGAUAUUAGAAAACCGGCCGGUCAGUACGGCGGAGAAACCUCCGGAAUCAAUGUUGGAAUCAGUAGGAGCAUUAGAUUUGAGGGCUGAAUUCAAGACUAAACACCAGAGAGAAUGGUUCCAAUUUUGUUUCUGCUAUUUUGUUUUGCAUUAGUUAUUUACCAUCAAAACAUUUUGUUGUUUAUAUAACCGGAUAUGAUGUUACUCCGUUUUAAAAUAUUGGAUUUUGGGUUAAAUAUUUC